AUGGACUUUCUUAAAAAGAUGCUUAAUCAGGAAAUCCCUCCAAAGCAAAAAGCUCUGCUUCUUUCCGUCCUUGCCGCAAUAACUUUUUACUCAGCCUCUCAAAUUAAACGCCGAAAGCUUUCUAAAAACAAUCCUUCACAAAUCAAGAAGGCACAGAAUAAAUACAACUCCACGAAAGCUGCACUAUCCUCUAUCUCAAAGCUCCCAAAAGUCUCACUCUCCCCCUUUGUGAGCGAAUAAAACCAUUGGAAAAAUCUAAUUUUUUGGUAAAAAACCCACCCCCGUGAGUGAACAAAAAAUGUUUUUAAUAUAAAGAUGUUUUAUGAAAAAAAUUUUGAUAUAUAAAUGAUAAUUAGUAUAAUGAAAUUUCUAGCAAAUUGUUUUAAAUUGCAUUUUAAAGCAUAAAUUUCACAAAUUAAAUUAAUAUUUGCUUUCCAAGUUUUUCGAAUUGGAUUUUUUAAAAAACAUACUAAAAAAUUUAAUUAUAUUAUUUUUUUAAAAACUAAAUUAGCCAAGUGAGCAAAUAAAAUUCUGUUGUUCGCUUACGAGGGGAGAGUCAGAAGAAAAAAUCUCAAAAAUCCGCUCUUCAAAUAUCCACGAAUUACGUGAAAGUCUCGACAAUGGCGAUUUUUCCUGCGAGGAAUUAUUAAUCACCUACCUUAAUCGUCUAAAGACUCAUGCAAUUUCAAGAAAUCUAAUAAAUGCAGUCAAUAUUGAUGAAGCUUUAGCUUGUGCAAGGGCUUUAGAUGAAGAGCUUAAGUCAGGCCAUAAGCGGGGACCAUUCCAUGGAAUUCCCAUUAGUGUUAAAGACAUGAUUCAGGUCAAAAAUUUCCCAGCUACAAAAGGCUUUACUAUGCUCAGUCAUAAUUUACAAAAUGAAGACUGCUUAAUAAUUGACGCACUUAGGAGAGGAGGGGCAGUAUUUUAUGUGACUGGAACGGUACCUCAAGGGCUAGGAGCUUUUGAGACAAAUAAUUGGGCUACAGGACAAGCUGAAAAUCCUUGGAGGUAUUUGAGGACACCAGGUGGGUCCAGUGGUGGAGAUGCAGGCUUGGUUGCUAGUGGAUGUUGUGCAUUAGGGAUUGGCUCUGAGCUGUAUGGGAGUAUAAGAAUUCCUUCAGCAUUUUGUGGGCUGUAUGGUAUUAAGCCGACUGCAGGCAGAAUUUCUAAGUUUUGUCCUAAUCAAUCUUCGCACCCUUUUCCAGUGCUGUCUGCUGCAUAUGGACCAAUGGCAAAAUCCACUGAAGAUUUAGCGUUAUUUUUCCAGGUGCUUUGUAGCGACUAUGUUUUCAAAAAAGAUCCUUUGACUCCACCUAUAUUUUGGAAUGAGGAAAAAUACAGAGAAAAAAGAAAGCUUAGGAUUGGAUAUAUAGAAAGCAAUGAAUAUUGGCCGCUACCAUCUUGCAUGCAAAGGGCUAUGACCUUAGCAAAGAAUGCCUUGGAAGACUGGUUUAGAGACAAAAAAUUAACAAUCUUUUAUUCGUUUUUUUAAUAAAAUUAUUUCUUCAGGUAAAAAUAAGCGAGUUUUUUAAAAUCAACCUGGAAGACCAUGAGUUUAUCAAAAUCGACCUCCCUGAUUUGGAUAUUUGUAACGAGCUCUUAGUCAGCAUCAUGGAAAAUUCAGAUUCAAAAGAAAUAGGAGAGCCAGAUCUCUUUAGACAAAAAUUCCAAGCAGGAAAAUCUUGGCUUGCACAGCUGAAAAAGAAUUUCUCUAAAAAUAAAGAGACAUUUUACGCUAAAGGAAGCUGUUUGAAAUCUGCAUAUGACUAUGUUAAAAAUCUUAUCAAAGCGACCCAAAUAAAAAAUGAAUUUAUAAAGAAAUGGAUAGACCUUGGAAUUGACGUAAUUAUAGGCCCAUACCCAGUCCCAGCGAUACUUCACGGCUCUUUCCAAGAAUUAUACCCAGGCUUUAUAUACUCUACAUUUUUCAAUCUAUUAGACUGUCCAGCAGGAAAUGUCCCUGUAGGGGUAGUCAAUGAAAAUGAAGAAUUUUAUCCAGAAACUGAAGAACACUGGACUAAAGUUAUGAAUAAGAACAUGCAGGACAGCAAAGGACUGCCUCUUUGUGUCCAAAUUAUGGCACCGCCUUAUAGAGAAGAAUUAUGCUUAAAUGUUAUGAAGCAGCUUGAGGAAAAAAUCCCAUUUUGGAAGACAUAUCAGGAUUGUCUAGAAUUAGUUAAAGAAUAA